AUGAAUGGAGAAAUGGACCCCACUGCUAAAGAACCCGUUUGGGAGCAGGAUGACCUGUUGAAGCUGUUGGAAUGCAUGAAGGUGAACCUGCCAGAAAAAGAUCUGUCGAAGUACAAGACGUCCGAGUCCCAUUUGGACUGGGAGAAAGUGGCUUUCAACUCCUACUCUGGGGAGAUGUGCAAACAGAAAUGGCAGGAGGUUUCACGUGAGAUUCGCAAAUUCCGCACCCUUACUGAGCUGAUCGUAGACGCGCAGGACUACGUCAAAAAUCCGUACAAAGGAAAGAAGCUGAAGAAACACCCAGACUUCCCUAAAAAGCCGCUGACACCGUAUUUCCGUUUCUUUAUGGAGAAGCGUGCCAAGUACGCUAAACUACAUCCAGAGAUGAGCAACCUAGAUCUCACAAAAAUCCUGUCCAAAAAAUACAAGGAGCUCCCAGAGCGUAAAAAAGACAAAUAUGUGAAAGACUUUCUCAGAGAAAAGGAGACUUUCAUGCUCAGCAUGAUGAAGUUUAAGCACGAUCAUCCCGACCUUCUAGAGAAUGUUAACAAGAAGUCCAAUGGUCCAGAGAAGCCCAAGACGCCCCAGCAGCUGUGGUACUGCCAUGAGAAGAAGGCCUUUCUCAAAGCACACCCAGAUGCGACUACCAAAGACAUCAAGGACUGUAUUGGCAAGCAGUGGCCACAGCUCUCAGACAAGAAGAGGAUAAAGUGGAUCACAAAGUCUCUGGAGCAGAAGAAACUGUAUGAGGAGAAGAUGCGCGAGUAUAUCCAGCAGCACCCGGAGAUGCACAUGACGGAGGAGAACAUCGUCAAAUCCACUCUGACCAAAGCAGAGCGACAUCUCAAGGACAAGUUUGAUGGGCGGCCAGACAAACCGCCUUCUAAUGGUUACUCUAUGUUCUGUGCUGAGCUGAUGUCCAGUAUGAAAGACGUUCCCAGUACAGAGCGUAUGGUCAUGUGCAGCCAGCGCUGGAAAGUCAUCAAACAGAGUGAGAAAGAUGCCUACCAAAAGCGCUGUGAGCAGAAAAAGAAAGAAUAUGAAGUUGAGAUGAAUCGUUACUUAUUAAGCAUCUCCGAGGAGGAACAGCAGAGAAUCCUGUCAGAACAGAAGAUGGGCAGCUUUAAAAGAGGAGGUGGAGGCAGUAGUCCCGCUUCCAAAAAGAAGAGCUCACAAGCAAAGUCCAGUGCAGAGAAGCCCAAGCCUCCUGUGUCUGCCAUGUUUAUUUUCUCUGAGGAGAAGCGCCCAAAACUUCAACAGGAAAGGCCUGAUCUUUCUGACAUGGAGCUCACCAGACUACUGGCCCGCAUGUGGAAUGAUCUUACUGACAAGAAGAAGGAGAAGUAUAAAAACCUGGAGAUGACGCUAAAGGCAGAGUCGGAAAAACAGAGCAAAGAGGACAAAGGGAAACUACCAGAAACGCCCAAAACGGCUCAGGACAUCUGGCAACAAAGCGUUAUCGGAGACUAUCUUGCCCGAUUCAAGAAUGAUCGAGUUAAAGCUCAAAAAGCCAUGGAGGGCACCUGGAACACCAUGGAGAAGAAAGAGAAGCUCAUGUGGAUCAAGAAGGCAGCAGAGGACCAGAAGAGAUAUGAAAGGGAGCUGAGCGAGAUGCGAUCUCCUGCCCCAGUCUUCACCCCUGGGAAGAAAAUGAAAUUUGAGGGUGAACCUAAGAAGCCACCCUCGAACGGUUAUCAGAAGUUCUCUCAGGAGAUGCUGUCAAACGGCGAGCUGAAUCAUCUUCCCAUGAAAGAGCGCAUGGGGGAGAUCGGAGGCCGCUGGCAGGCGCUUGCUCAGAAGGAGAAGGACCGUUACAAAAGACUGGCAGAAGAGAAACAGAGGCAGUACAAAGGGCUCCUCGAGGAGUGGCUUGCGAGUUUAUCAUCACAAGAGAGAGUUGUUUAUAAAGAAUAUAAUUCUCUGAAACGGAGGAGCACAGCAAAACCAGGUGGGACCGCUGCGAAAGCGAAACCCAAGGCCAAACAGUUGGAAGUGGAAGAGGAUGAUGACGAUGAUGAUGAAGAAGAGAAGGAAUCUGAUGACGGAUCAUCCUCCGAUGAUGACAGCGAUGAUGAUGACGACGACGAUGAUGAUGAUGAUAAUGACGAAGACAUUGAGGACGAAGAGGUUGAGGAUAAAGAGAAUAAAUCGGAAAGCAGCAGCAGCGCUUCCAGCUCUGACGAUUCAUCGGGCUCAGACUCGGACUGAGCUCACAGACUGCCAGACAUGCUGUGAACUGAGCCAUGAGCCGGGGGUCUGAGCCUGCUCUGCACUGAGCUCUUCUCACCACAGGAGGGGCUCACCCCGCUGUCACACCUCUCACACACUCUUUUAUUCUGUUCUGUUCUCCCCUGCACUUCUGCUUUUAUUUGUAACUCCCUCGAUGAAUUGGCUCGGCAGGUUUUAAGGCAUUUUAGGCAACGUGUACGAGGAUGUAUGGUCUAAAUUCCUCCCAACACUGAAGAAAGGGUGCAGUGCUCUGCUGUUGGCUUGUAGUAGCGGUGAAGCGUUAUUAGGACGCCCCGUGUUUGUUUUAGAGGACAGAGAGAGCACCAGGUGUCAUUUUCUUUUCCGUGAAUGAGCCAAAGAGUCUCUUAGUUUCACAGAUUAUUUCGGGAGGUACAGGGGACCAAAUAAUUGCACUCUGAAGAAUGUUUGCUUUCUUUUUCUUCUGUCUGUACCUCUCCUGUUCUUCCUCUCCCUUCUCAGCUCCCUCCAUUUUGGCUUUGGUGUUUGUCUUUGCUUUUUCGGUUCAAAACAUUGUGGUAUUUUCAGGAACAAUGAAGCCAUUUUGAAUGUGGCCGCAUGGCCCCCGCUGGUCUCGCACGCGGUUCUUGUUCAGCAGGCGUUUGUGUGCUGCCUUUACCUGCUCCUGAUGAGGGGUUCAUGGUGAAAAUGGACUAUUUAUUUUUGUCCUGUUUUAGGAAUGCUGCCCGUGACGGGUUUGAGUUUGCUGUUCGUUCAGAUAAUAAAACCGACUGAUGUUACAUAACGAGGAGGACUUGUUUAUCAGUUAAUUGUUUGGCAACGCAAGCAAUGUUCUCGCAGAAAUAUGCUUGUCUUGUUUUUGUUUUUUUUGUGGAUAGGGCACCAACAUAUUUCUCUCAUUUGUUAAUAAUGGUUAUGUGUUGUUUGAAGCUGACUUUUAGUUUCUCUUUCCAACCACUGUUUUAUUUGGUGCUCCAAAGAACUGAUUUUCUUUUUAAAAACAGUAUGUUUUAAAUAUGCAUGGAUGUGAGUUACCCCACAAUUCAGUGCACUUAUGAUGGAGUCCCUUGCUCACAAGCCCUGUGUGUUUGUUUUUUCAGUAUUCUUCUUUCUGCAUUUCACUCAUUCGCCCAUAACCUCAACCACUUCACAGGUCUUUCACGCACCAGCUCAAGGAAUGUAAUGGAGAUGUUUUAUUUAAGAGAGGGAUAGCGUUAUUUGUUAUGCGUUCGUGUGUGUCUGUGUAUAUAUAUGAGCAGUUUUGAGGGUGACUGGUAUAUUCUCUCAUUCCAAUGCUCUGGCCUGAAAUGGCAACUAAAUGUAGUUAAACCCACAACCCAGCAUCCUCUGCUGAGCUACCACCUUUUACUCAGUAUUUUUAUGCAGCCCUCAAUUUAAUCGGGGCAAUGUAAGUGAUUUUUUUUUUUUCCCCCUCUGUCUAAAAUGUUGAGCCUUGGUAAUUUGCAUAUAAAGACAAGUGUAUAAUUAUUAUUAUUAUUAUAUAUUUUUUAUUUUUUUAUUUUUUUUGUGUGUGUGUAUUUGCUGUACCAGACAUGUGACCUUUAUUCUAGGCACCCGAAAUAAUUAAGGCCUGUAUCAUGCAAAAAGUUGUGUUCUUUCAGUUUGAGAAACAUAAUUUGAUUCUAGAUGAUUUGAAUGAUGGGCCGGGAUAAAAAAAAACUCCUGUGGACCUUUCAAGAUUUGUUAAUAUUUUAUAGGAUUUUGAGUCUCGCAAAUAGAUUUGGGUUGGGUUCAGUGCUGUUGUAAGGUAUUUGUACAUAUAGCUUUCUCUUUUUCCUUUUUUUUUUUUUUUUUUUUUUUUUCUUUGUAAUGAGUGAACAUUAUUGCGUUUUGUAUUUUCGGUUGGCUAAGCAAUAUUCUGCUAUAGCCAAAAUGAGUGUGUUUGUCAAUUAGGGACAUGUUUUUAAUUUGGUAAGGUUUAGUUUUUUUUUUUUUUUUUUUUUUUAAACCCCUUUCCAUGUUUGUUUAUUUGUAGAAAUGGCAAAAAAAUAUAUAUACAUUUGUACUACAGAUUUGAAACAUUUGGACGUUUUCUAUAGCAAGAGAUGUUCUUUCCCUGCAAUUUACAAUUUGAGCAAAUAAACCUUCUCUUAAACAGAA